AACAUCAUUCUUGUCUGAAAGUCACGCAAGUCUAUCGCAGUGGAAGACCUGCAAUCUCAGUCAACUCCACUUCCCAACACUUGUUCUUACCCUCCCUCCUUCCACCAAGUUUCCUUCAACCCAAAACACAAUCCAAUCCCAUAUCAUACCCAAAUAUUCUCUUGCAGACAUUUUCAUUGUAUCUUUAUUAUUCUCUUCUUGUUCUUUCAUCCAUGUUCUCUUCUACCUGAAUCCACAAUAAAAUAUAUACUCCAUCAAACACACACAUAUCCCGAAAUAGACACAUAGAUAGAUACUUGAUAUCAUACAAGGGAAGUAUAGUCGCAGUUCAAAACUCACAAGCAGACACUGCUAAGAACAUGGGCUGGUAUGAAUACAACACCACAUCUUUCCUUAGUAUUUUGCUCUUCUUUUGUUUCUGUCCCAUUGUAUUGUCUAUGCUAUCUCCAAACCAAACACACACCAUUACCGCUGUCUCCAAGCUUUUUGAUGCCCCUGUUCCAUGGACUACAAACUCAGACCCGUGUACUUGGAAGGGAGUGACUUGUGACCCUAGCAAUUCCUCUGUAAUCAAGAUUAAUCUAUCUGGGUUUUCACUCUCUUCUUCUGAUUUUCUCCCUGUUCUUUGCCAAAUUGAAACUUUGGAGCAUCUUGAUGUCUCCAAGAACCAGCUGGGCUUAAUCCCUGAUGAUUUCAUCACUGAAUGUGGAAAGAAUAAGGGGUUAAAGCUGCUGAAUUUUACUGGAAACAAUUUAGGUGCUUUACCUACUUUUCAUGGAUUUCAUGGGCUGGAAUCCCUGAAUUUGUCUUUCAAUCACAUGGUAGGGAAUAUUGGUUUAAAGUUAGAUGAGUUGGUUAGCCUCAAGAGUUUGGAUCUUAGUUUCAAUUUGUUCACUGGGUCUCUUCCUACCAACCUGGGAAAGUCCAUGGUUCUGGAGGAGCUUGUCCUUUCUGUCAAUCAGUUUCAAGGAGAAAUCCCUGAUGAAAUAUUGAGUUAUGAAAAUUUGACUGAGAUUGAUCUUAGGUCAAAUAAUCUUUCAGGGUCUAUUCCUAGCAAUAUUGGAAAGCUAACUAAAUUGGAAACUUUGAUCCUUUCCUCUAAUAAACUUACUGGUCAAAUUCCAACAGCACUUAUGGACAUCACUAACCUUUCAAGAUUUGCAGCAAAUCAAAACAAUUUCACGGGUUCUGUACCUCCUGGGAUUACUAAAUAUCUCAGGAUUUUGGAUCUUAGUUAUAAUAAUCUGUCCGGGUCCAUUCCAGAAGAUCUUUUAUCUCCACCAAAAUUGCAGGUUGUAGAUUUGUCCCAUAAUAUGUUAAAUGGAUCAUUACCUGCAAAAGUUUCUCGUAGCUUAUUCAGGUUGAGAUUUGGAGGCAAUUCUCUGAGCGGAAUUAUUCCUUCAGAUAAUUUUGCAGCACUUCAAGAUUUGAUGUACUUGGAGCUGGAAAACAAUUACUUGACAGGAUCUAUACCAGCUGGAUUGGGUUCUUGCAGGAAAUUGGCAUUGUUGAACUUAGCUCAGAACCAGUUGAGUGGUGAAUUGCCACCACAGCUUGGUAAUCUUAUCAACCUACAAGUCUUGAAGCUUCAAAUGAACAAGCUUAACGGUACAAUCCCAUUUCAAAUUGCCCAACUACAUCAGUUGUCAACACUGAAUUUGAGCUGCAAUUCUCUGAGUGGAUCAAUUCCAUCUGAGAUGUCAAGUUUGAGCAAGCUUAAUUUCCUGCACUUGCAACAAAACAAUCUCAGUGGUUCCAUCCCAACAUCGAUUGGCAAUUUGAAAUUGCUUAUAGAACUCCAACUUGGGGGAAACCAGCUAAGUGGUGAGAUUCCAAGCAUGCCAUUAAGCCUACAGGCUUCGUUGAAUCUUAGCAACAACCUCUUUAGUGGACCUAUUCCAAGCAGUUUUGGCAUUUUGGACAGCCUGGAAAUCUUGGAUCUCUCAAAUAACAAGUUUUCUGGUGCAAUUCCUGAUGAUCUAACAAAAAUUUCAGCCUUGACACAGUUGUUACUUUAUAACAAUCAAUUGUCUGGUGUCAUUCCAAAAUUUGAUCGUUAUGUUCAUGUUGAAUCAGCUGGAAAUAAAAAUCUGGUAAGUACUCCUACACAGGACAACACAACACCCAACAUUGUCCCAAGAUAUGCAAAGAAAGGAAUAUCUGUUGCUGUGGCAAUUCUCAUUGCAAUUGUAGCAGCUAUUUUUCUUGUUGGACUUGUCUCUGUGCUGGUUGUGUUAGUCUCGCGACACUAUUACAGGGUUAAUGAUGAGCACUUACAGUCAGGCGAAGAUCCUCACCUUCCUCAGGUCAUUCAAAGUAAUUUGUUAACUCCUAAUGGAAUUCACAGAUCAAGCAUUGACUUCUCCAAAGCCAUGGAAGCUGUUGCUGAAACGUCAAAUGUUACUCUGAAAACUAGGUUUUCAACUUAUUAUAAGGCCGUUAUGCCAUCGGGAUCAAUCUAUUUUGUCAAGAAGCUGAACUGGACUGACAAGAUAUUGCCAGUGGGAAGUCAUGAUAAAUUUGGCAAAGAACUAGAAGUCUUGGCAAAAUUGAACAAUUCAAAUGCCAUGACUCCUUUGGCCUAUGUUUUGUCCACUGACACUGCUUAUAUACUAUAUGAAUUUGUCUCAAAUGGCUCCCUUUUUGAUGUUCUUCAUGGAAGCAUAGGAAACUCUUUAGAUUGGGCUAGCAGAUAUAGUAUAGCUGUUGGUGUGGCUCAAGGACUUUCUUUUCUUCAUGGAUUAGCCUCUAGUCCAAUACUACUUCUUGAUCUAUCAAGCAAAAGUAUUUUGCUCAAGUCCCUCAAGGAGCCUCUAGUUGGAGAUAUUGAACACUACAAGGUGAUUGAUCCCUCAAGGAGUACAGGGAAUUUUUCUGCAGUUGCUGGUUCUGCUGGUUAUAUUCCUCCAGAGUAUGCAUACACAAUGACAGUAACAAUGGCUGGGAAUGUCUACAGCUUUGGUGUCAUUCUACUUGAAUUGCUGACAGGAAAACCUGCAGUGACUGAGGGGACAGAAUUGGUCAAGUGGGUUUUGCGUAAUUCAACAAAUCAAGAUUACAUUCUUGAUUUUAAUGUCAGUAGAACAUCACAAGCAGUCAGAAACCAGAUGCUUGCAAUUCUCCAGAUUGCUCUUGUUUGUGUUAGUACAUCCCCAGAAGCAAGACCAAAGAUGAAGAGCGUGCUACGGAUGCUCCUUAAUGCUAGAUGAAGUCAUAUUGUUAGGGUUAGAAUAUUCAAAAGAAGGCAUGGGGUGUGCGCGCUUUUUCUUUUCUUUUUUUCCUUUUUUGGGUGGUGCAUUAAAUUAAUGAAUGUCUUACUCAUGGGAAUGCAUAGAUGGUAGACAUAUAGCUCAAGGUUUGAUAUUCCCGUUGUAGCAUAUAUUAGAAGAAAAAUAGACUCAAUUAUUAUACACAAG